GGCGGGGCAGCCGCAUCCCUCCCGGGCGGGCAGAGAGCCAGGCCCCGGGGAGGUGCCUGCCGAGCGCGGUUUUUGGCCGAUUCCAGGACACGUGAUUGCUAUUUAGGGACCGCUGCAGCCCCGGACCACCUCGUAGACUCUUCAGUACUGCUGGGAAUCGAGUCGCCCAGUGUCCACGACCAUGGCAGUGAACCUUUUGGAGGACUGGUGCCGGGGGAUGGAAGUGGACAUUCACAGAUCCCUGUUGGUCACAGGCAUCCCGGAGGACUGUGGCCAAGCGGAAAUUGAGGAGACCUUGAAUGGGGUCCUCUCCCCACUGGGCCCAUACUUUGUGCUCAACAAGAUUUUUUUGAGGGAAGAGAAUGUCAAAGCUGCCCUCAUUGAGGUCGGUGAGGGUGUGAAUCUGAGGGCCAUACCCCGAGAAUUCCCAGGAAGGGGGGGCAUCUGGAGAGUGGUCUGUAGGGACCCCACCCAGGAGGCCGAGUUUUUAAAAAAUCUGAAUGAAUUCCUAGACGCAGAGGGGCGCACCUGGGAGGAUGUGGUCCGCCUGCUGCAGCUCGACCAGUCCCCGCCACCCCAGAACCAGAAUCAGCCCCCAGAGAACUGGGCAGGAGCCUUGGGGGUGCUUCUGGGGGCGGUAGUGCAGAUCCUCUUCUACAUGGAUGCCGAGAUCCGUAACCAGGAGGAAGCUAGAGCUCAGGAGGUUGCUGAGGCCCAAGCGGUAGCAUCCGUGGCUUUGGCAGCAGGAAGGAAGGUCAAGAAGGAGCCAGGGCGGGCUGCAGAGGUGCGCUCUGCCUUGAAGACGGAGAACCUGGAGGGCUGGAAUGACGUGGAAGAUGAGGGUGACCUUCCCAAACCUUUGGUUCAACAGGCUGGAGCUAAGACGCGCUCCAGAAGAAAGAAGCAGAAAAAAACUCCCAAGCAGGAGCCAGUGCCCUGGAAGAAAUCCAAAGGCAACCAUUCCCACAGCUUGGCCUCCUUGGAGGUUCUUGCCGCUGAUAAUGCUGAAAAUACGGAGAUGUCAGAAUAUAUCAGGAGCAACAAAAAGCCCUGCGUGAAGCAGGAGGGGUCAGCUUUGGAGAAGCCCCUAGCGAAAUGUGCCUGGAAGUCUCCCAGCAACCCACCUCGCAAUGCCGGGGCAGAAGCUGCGAGCUCCAGAGUUGCCUCUGAGUCAGACCAAGAUGGGAGCCCAGAGGGCCCCCCAAAGAAGAAGGCCACCAGCUGGGCCACGGCAAAGAGCCCUGCCUCCAUGAGGAAGAAAAAGAAAGUGAGCUUGGGCCCUGUCUCUUAUGUCCUCGUUGAUUCCGAAGACACCAGGAAGAAGCCAGAGAUUCCAAAGAAACGGUCAGGCUCGAGAAGGGAUGCGUCGGGUCAGAAGGCCCCUCGGGGACCACAACCCCCUGAGUCGCCAGCCUCAACCUCUCAGGGUCCAAAGGCGAAGCCACAAGGCUCUCCUCAUGCCUCCAACGGUGAGAAUGACAGCAGAAGCCAUUUGGGUUGUGUCAACAGGUGGAUGAAGGGGGAGGCGCCACAGGGGCAGGAGGGGACGGAGGAACCCAAGGGGGCAGCAGGUCAAAUGAUCGGCAAGGAGGACCCCAGUGCCGUGGAGGAGGCGGGUGAUGUACCAGUGGAGGUUUUAGAGGCCGAGAGCCCUGAUUCUCCUCCUAGGAGCCUCUGA